GAGAGUGGGGGCGGGAGGUGCACAGAGGCGCUCCUAUUUCAGCUCCUGACGCACUGCCUCUGGGGAGGAAACGGAGCCGCAAACUCAGUCCUGCUCUGCUGUACAGGGCGCAGGGCGGACCAGGAGCCAAUCACCGAAACGCACGGGCUCCCUUUAAGCCUGACAUAUCUCCAAGCAGGAACAAAUUGUCCCAACAAUCAACAUCCCAAUCUGCUGUGCGCAUCAGGGGCUGGAGUGAAGCGAGGACGGGCCUGCGCGCGGAAGGAUUGCGCUGGAUUGUAAACACAGCAACAGAUAAAUAAUAAAAGAAAACAACAAAAAGAAGAAGAAGAGCUUUCCCUGUGGAUACGGACGGUUCUGGGCGGAGGACACCAUGUCUAUACUGCCGUCCUUCGGUUUUACGCAGGAGCAAGUGGCGUGCGUUUGCGAGGUACUGCAGCAGGGAGGCAACCUGGAGCGGCUCGGCCGCUUCCUGUGGUCGCUGCCCGCCUGCGACCACCUCCACAAGAACGAGAGCGUCCUCAAGGCUAAGGCGGUGGUGGCCUUCCACCGGGGGAACUUCAGGGAGCUCUACAAGAUCCUGGAGAGCCACCAGUUCUCGCCGCACAACCACCCGAAGCUGCAGCAGCUGUGGCUGAAGGCGCACUACGUGGAGGCGGAGAAGCUGCGCGGUCGGCCGCUCGGAGCCGUGGGCAAGUACCGGGUGCGCAGGAAAUUCCCGCUGCCCCGAACCAUCUGGGACGGGGAGGAGACCAGCUACUGCUUUAAAGAGAAGUCCAGGGGGGUUCUGAGAGAGUGGUACACGCACAACCCCUACCCGUCCCCGCGGGAAAAGAGGGAGCUGGCCGAGGCCACGGGACUGACCACGACGCAGGUCAGCAACUGGUUCAAAAACAGACGGCAGAGGGACAGAGCCGCGGAGGCCAAGGAGAGAGAGAACAGCGAAAACAACAACGCGGGCGGCAACAAACAGAACCAGCUGUCGCCGCUGGACGGAGGAAAGUCUCUCAUGUCCAGCUCGGAGGACGAGUUUUCUCCGCCUCAGAGCCCCGACCAGAACUCUGCGCUUUUGCUCCAGGGUAACAUGAGCCACCCCGGGGCCUCCGCUUACCCCAUGUCCGGCCUCGGAGCCCCACAGCCGGUGCACGGCAUGCACGGACACCCGCACCAACUGCAGGACUCCUUGUUGGGACCUCUAACCUCCAGUCUUGUGGAUUUGGGCUCUUAAAGAGUCCGUGACACUCGGUGCUUAUAUACAUGUUUUACCAAGCAAAUCUAAGAAGGAAGAUGAAAAAACGAGGGGGAAAAAAGAGACUGGAAUCAGAUUGAUGUAUGAAAUCACACUAUCGUAGCCUGUACCUUAUCAUAUAGACUGACCUGUCUGUCGUUAAAUUUGGAUAGAGAACAGAAAGAAAAAUCCCUUAUAUGCGCUUAUAGUCUGUGUAUCGGCUCAGUGCUGAGGUUUUGUUUUAGUGACCUCCUGCACUUCACACACACACACACACACACUCAUAUACACACACACUCAUACACCUCCUGCGACUCAACUCAACACUUAAACUGGACUGGCCAUUUGCUUUAAUUUAUGAUAUUUUGUUAAAGAUAAAGAGUUAUAGUAAAACCUCCUGCGAUGGAAACUAAAGAUUUUCAUUAGAGUCAUGGUAAUUAGUUUCCAAUAAAACUAAAGUA